AUGGCGCAAAAGCAGAUAUGGUCCGGUAUUCCCUUGUUCCCUGUAUUGGUUAUGUUCUUCAUUUCUUGUCUAGCAGAAACUAAUCGAGCUCCGUUUGAUCUCCCAGAAGUGGAAGCUGAAUUAGUUGCAGGCUAUAAUGUAGAAUAUGCGCGGGAUGCGAUCCUUAAUAGUCCACUGUUGGCGGAAGCCAAUGUCCCGGGGUCCCGGGGACUCAUUCUGACUGAAACAAGGGGCAGUGCAUUCCUCCCCCCACACAAGUCUGCAUGCUACCAUGCCCAAGAGUUUCGAGGUGCGAACCGGCAGCCUACUACCCCACAAGAGUUGUUCAAUUAUAGGCAUUCAUCAUUGCAGAUGGUGAUUGAACGAUGCUUUGGCGUGUUAAAGGCGACGUUCCCGAUCCUAAAUGAAAUGCACUCCUUCUCCCUCUCUAGAAAACGACUGACUGUGACCGCUUGCUGUGCACUGCACAACUUUAUCCGCAUGUAUAACCGAGAGAAUGAAACGUUCCAUGUGUGGGAAGGAUCAUUUGUGCGUAACAACGACGCAACCAUAGCGAGAGCUGCACGCGUAGGCAGUGGGGGCACUGAAGAAGCUUUUAAUGCUCGGGCACAACGAGCAAUGUCGGAGUAUCGUGAUGCGAUAACUUCUGCUAUGUAG